AGGGUAGACAGAUAUGUCUGCCCGUAGAAAAUUAUGGAUCUACCUACUCCACUCCAAUCUCAUCAGUCAUCCCGUGAUCAUGGCACUUGCAACAGUGUCGAAAUAUCGGGAGUCUCAUAUCCCCAUUUAAACGCGGUAAGAUGAAAGCAGAAGAAGAAUUGGCGAUCAAAGGAGCACACCUACUCGGGCCAAGUUUGGAGUCAAAAUUCGACGAACUGAAGUAUGAGAUCACUCACAAAAUUGACAAGGAGCUGACUGACUCACAGAACGCGAGAGAGUAUAUAUGUCAGAAGUAUGAUGAGCUGUGCAGCAAGAUCCAGUACCUGUCUGAGCUGGACGCCACCGUUACUGGCUUCCGAAGUGACGUGAGAGCUGUGGAGAAACAGGUGACAGCUCUAGCGGGGCGGGUAGACCACAUAGAGAAGCGAGCGUUGUACCGAGACUGCCCGAGUCUGACCUCGUCCAACUUCUGAUAUAAUAAGCAUACUAAGAAUAAUCCAUAUGGUGCUAUUGAUAUACUUACCGUUCAAUUUUCCUGUUCGUAACUUGUAACUGUCUUUUUGGCGUGUAAAUAAAGUUU